AUGAGUCGUCCUAACUUUCUGAUUAUCGUUGCAGAUGAUCUUGGUUACUCCGAUAUUUCACCGUUUGGCUCUGAAAUAUCUACACCUUACCUUGAAGAACUCGCUUCCAAUGGCGGAACUCUUUUGACCGACUUUCAUACUGCGUCAGCAUGCUCCCCUACACGUUCAAUGUUGUUGAGUGGUACUGAUCAUCAUUUGGUUGGCAUCGGACAAAUGAAUGAGGUUAUAUCGCUAUAUAAAGAACUCUGGGAUGGAAAACCAGGCUAUGAAGGGUAUUUAAACGAUCGAGUUGCUACACUGCCCAAGAUUCUUAAUGAUAUUGGUGGAUAUCGAACAAUAAUGACUGGAAAGUGGCAUUUAGGAUUAACGAAAGAGCGAUUCCCAUCGAAACGUGGUUUCGAAAAAAGUUUCGCAUUACUACCAGGUGCUGGUAACCAUUUUAACUACGAACCUGGUACAGUGGAAAAUCCAGUGCCGGCAUUCAUGCCUCCACUAUAUGCACGUGAUGAUGAAGUUUUUGACCAUGCUAAGCUACCUAAAGAUUACUAUUCAUCAGAUUAUUUCACAUCCGAACUAAUCAAAUUGCUCGACGAUGAUGACAAACGACCAUUUUUUGCUUAUCUUGCUUUUACUGCCCCACAUUGGCCUUUACAGGCACCGGAUGAAUUGAUUAAGAAAUAUAAAGGAAAAUACGAUGCAGGACCAUAUGCACUGCGUGCUGCUAGACUUGAAAGCCAGCGUCGCUCAGGCUUACUGUCUGCUGAUGUUGCUGCUGCACCAGGAUUAAUAGAUCAGAAAUUGUGGGACUCGAUGUCAGACGAGGAACGAGCAUUUUCUUCAAAAACAAUGGAAAUCUAUGCGGCAAUGGUUGAACGAAUAGACUAUAAUAUUGGUCGUGUAAUCGACUUUCUUCGCCGAAAAAAUCAGUUUGAUAAUACGUUUAUAUUUUUUACCUCCGACAAUGGAGCCGAAGGGGCCGUACUUGAGUCUAUUCCAUUGAAAUCAAUUGACAAAAGUAUCACGUAUUUUGAUAAUUCUUAUGAAAAUAUUGGUUCAUCGACAUCAUUCAUUUGGUACGGUCCACAGUGGGCGCAAGCCGCAACCGCACCAUGUCGUAUGACUAAAGGAUAUAUUACAGAAGGUGGAAUUCGAUGUCCAGCAAUUUUGCAUUUUGAACCAAUGACGAAGAGAAAAAUUACAAAUGAAUUUUGCACUGUGAUGGAUAUCCUACCUACUGUACUAGAAUUGGCCGGUGUAACUCAUCCAGGUCCUAUUUUUCACGAUCGAGAAAUUCUUUUACCCCGUGGAAAAUCUUGGGUUUCACAUUUUUACUUCAACCAUUCAAUCUACGAUGAACACCAAGAUUUUACUGGUUGGGAACUCUUUGGCCAGCGAGCAAUUCGUCGAGGAAACUAUAAAGCAGUUUACAUUCCUAAACAGCCAUAUCCUGAGGGAACAAAAUGGGAAUUGUAUGAUUUGACAAAAGACAAAGGUGAGUUAGAAAAUUUAGCAGAAGAAAAACCGGAGAUCUUGCAAAAGAUGAUCGAACUAUGGACGCAAUAUGAAAGUGAAACAGGCGUAAUUGUGGCAUCAGAUCCUUAUAAACUGGAUUAUUCUCGUGUUUUUUCCUAA